AUGUUAUCGGCGCGGUCACACUAAAAUAGAGUCGCAAAUAAAAAUUUUAACUUAAUUUCCACUUAAAUUGAAGUCAUGUACCAGGAAUAUCUAAACCAACUGCAAACGUCCAUCGCGCCGCUCACCUCGGACCAGCUGAAGGAACUGCUGAACAAUGACGACAAACUGGACGAGAAGGUGGACGAGGUACUGCUGGCUUUGAAGGAACAAAAGAACAAAAUUUUCGAAGACAAUCGCAGCCGAGCGGAGGGAAACAUCGAGAAGGAGCCACAGAUCAUCGAGCUGCGCGGCAAGCUGUCAGAAUUGUCCGAGGAGGGACGCAACUGCUGCAGUGCCGUGCAGGAGAAGCUUACAGAGCUCAACAAAAAGACGGGUGGCGUGGGGCAGGAGACGGCUCUGGCGCUGCUGCAGACGGCCGCUUCCGAGAGCGAGGAGCAGACCGAGGGGAUGGUCAAAAAGUUCAACGAAAACGAGCUGAAUGUGGAGGCCUUCCUGGAGGAGUUUCUUGCCAGCCGCCGCACCAUGCACUUGCGGCGCCUCAAAGCCGAGAAGAUGCAGGAUCUGAUACGCAAGCAGCGACGCAGCACAGCCGCCGCCCAUUUGCCAGCGUACGGAAAUGUGCCGGCCAGCGGCUUCUAUCCCUCGCCCGGUGGAUCAUCUAUGCCCUAUCCCCCGUCUGGUGGUAUACCCUAUCCCUCUGCUGGUAACUCGGCGCCGUAUCCCAUGAUGGGCCCCCUAAUGCCCAUGCCGCCGCCGUCGAGGCCGUACUAGAUGGGGUCGACGGGUCAUACCCAUAGACGAGUUACUGCCAUAGUAGUAGUAGGUGUAGUAGUAGUAGCAGCAGAGGAGAGGAUAGGUGGGCGGAGGGGCGACGCAUGACGCAUCGCAUCCAGUAGUAGUGGAAUUUUUACAACAGACAGUAUGAAAGUAUGAAAUAUUUAAUAAACGACAUCUCAUCGAGUUAAAAACUGGUGUUUAUUGUUUAAAAUUUCAGAAUAGAAUCUUCACUUUAAGUACAUAUUGCUUCAGGUUCUUCCGCUGACGAAUCGACAAAUGGACAAUGGGAACGUUUGUUUUGUUUUGUUUGUGUUUAAUUAAAUUAAAUUACAUUUUUUGAGUUGCUCUAUAGAUCUGAUCUGACAUCUGCCAUGAUCUGCCUGCACUGCACUAAACUAUGAUAUAUGUAUAGUAUGUAAUGUAAUGUAAUGUAUAAAUUAAGCGAAAGUUAAUAUUAAAUGUUAGACAGUGAACGAUACGUUACGUUUGCUUUUCUUUGCUUGUUAAAAA